AUGAGGAUCCCUAGUCUCUUAUUCAUCACUUUCCUCUGUCAAGUAUGUUAUGGCAAGGGUGGUAAUAAAGUCCUCCAUAGGCCCUGUAAAAACAAUGUCCAGAACAAGGCUAAGGCUCAGCAGCAAAAAGAAUCUAUUCCUGUGGCUGAUCUAAAAUCCAAAGUAGAUUCUUCACUAUUUGAUGAAGGAGAAGAGAAUGGCAUUAAGGUUCUUAAGUUAAAGGCUAAGGAAGGUACUUCUACUAACAAGCUCACGUUCGACAAUUUGACAGUUUGGGAAGAUUCUCAAACUCCUUGCUCUUCCGCUGUCAUAUAUAUGAAUGGAAGCGUGCCUGAUCUUGCCGUUAUAAAGACUAAAGGCAGUAGUGGUGAGGAAUCCACAGUAUACAGAUACUAUGAUGGUAAAGAAUGGAAGAAGGAUAAGGAGAAACAACAUAAUGACAGACUCAAGGAACUACAAGAUGCUGCUAAACUAAGAGAAUCUCCAAAAGCUACCAGUGGUAAUACAGAAGAGGCUAGAGCUAAAGAAGCUGAGAAAGUUGCUCAAGAAGGAAAUAAUGAAGAUGCUAAACAGUCUACUAUCCAGGAUACGCACAAUCCAGAUUCUCAACCUUCAGAUGAACAACUGUCUAGUAAACCUGAUCACAAGACUAAUGAAUCAGCCAAGAAGGAACAGGAAGCUUCAGCUGAUAAACCUGUAGAGGCACCUGCUCCUAAACCAGCCGAACCUGUCGAAAAACCAAAGCAAGCCGUUUCACAAGGACAAACAGCCAGGCAUAAUACACAAUGUAGUCAACAGGAGAAUAAACCAGAGUCUGUUCCUGAAGCUACCCAGGAAUCUCAGCAACCAGCUCAGCAGAAAACUCCUAAAUCAACUCAACUAGUUCCUCAGGAAACUCCCAAAUAUAAUACACCUACUGCUACAAGACAAUCUUUGGGGACAUCUGUACUGCAAUCUCAACUUUCUAGGCCAGAACCACCUCAAGCAAAGACUCCUCUCCCAGGAGUAAAACCUGUUACACAAACUGCAGUUGGAAGGGGUACUACUAAAGUAACCGUAAACUCCAAGCCUAGUGCUCGUCCAGACAUUGAGGAUGUUGGCGAGGACCUGGAAGAAGAUUUAAAGCAUGUCAAGGCGUAUCAUGAGAACAUGCAAGAAACUAUCAAGACUACCCUUGAGGUAACUAGUACUGCGGAGCCUAAAGAGAAGCCUUUGGAGUACAAGAUGGACAUGACCUUGGUCACUGUGGUAAGGUCUACUGAGGGAACUCUUUCAGUGGUUACCUAUACAGCCAAGCAAGAUGCCAAUAUACCCCUACUCUUGCAUGAUAAGAAGCUUGUUUGGAAAAGUAUAGACAGCAUGAAUAACAAGGAUACUCUGGUAAAGGCAACAGUCUACCUUGGAUCUGGCGGACCACUAGCUGCCAACUUGACAUACAAGAGAGUCACGGAAAGCACUACAAAGGAGUACUGUAAACUAGUAAGGGGUAAGUGGACCUUUGUUGACAAGAGUUCCCUAGAAAGGACAUUUGAUGAGGUUGGUGAGCUACCCGGUAACUCUAAUGCAUCUGCCUAUAGAACAAAGGUAGACUCUACUCUCUUUGACAUACAGGUGGGAAAAUACGAGGGAAUACCAGUAUUAAACUGCAUUGCCAAAAAGGAUGUAAAGGUACCCAAACUUGUUUACGACGGCAAAGAAGUAUGGCAAGCUGAUGGAAAUCAAUCUUGUUCAUCAGCCACUUUUUACUUUGGAAAGUCUGGUAUCAUUGGUGUAUCCUUUACCCAUAACAGUAUAGAAGAGACUCUCCAUGACUGUUUCCGUGUCUUUAGCAACGACAAGUGGGAGGGUGUAAACGGUGACUAUUAUGAAAGGGUACUUUAUGAAGCCAAGAAUCCAGAGACUCCCGUAGCUACUGCGUCUGAGAAUACCAAAUCCAAGAUCUUCAUUGACACCGCCAAGUUUACCGUAGUUAGUGACAUGGAGGAUACAGUCCCAGUCCUAAAAUGCACAGCUGGAAAUGGUGCCUCUAAACUUACCUAUGGAUCUGAUACAAUAUGGCCAGGUAAGAAGGAUGUAAUGUGUCUUUCAGCUCUCUUGUAUAUGGAUGGAGAGAAGCCUACUCUUGCGGUACUUGUUACCAGGGAUAAUAAGAACAAGCAGGGAACAGUCUAUAGAUACCAUGAUGGUAAGAAGUGGAAGAAUGGUAAAGAAGGAACUCAUAAGAAGAAGUUUGAGGAGCUAAAGAAGACCAUUGAGAAUAGGAUUAAACAACACCAUCUUCUAAUAGCUAGUAGAACAGUAGACAUUGCCAAAUUUGAUGCUAAUAAAGGUCAAUCAUUCGACUAUACCGUUGAUAACGUCCCCGUAAAGAUGUUUAUUCCAAAGGACAACGUUACAAUAAAUAGACUUGUGAAUGGCGGGGCUUACCUCUGGAGCACUGAGAAUGGCAAGUGUACUAUCAUAAUGCUAUAUCUCAAGGAUAAUAAACCGAAGUUAGUCUACAUUGUCCGAUUCAUCCAGGGAGACAGUUACAGCGGUUUUUACAAGAAGGAUGAAGAUGGUAAAUGGACAGAAACUGAGGACUUUGAUUACGAGUUCAAGAAGAUAAGGACUGCUCCUACAUCCUCAUCUCAAUUUACUCUUGACAUUUCCUCAGUUUCUGAUACCACUGGAUGCAGAAUAUUCCAAGCUUCACUAUAUGGAAUAGACACUCGCUUCUACUCUCCAAAUAGUGGCCAUCAUGCAUCCUCUAUUGCACAUAAUGGAGCAUCCGUAUGGACUCCUGAGGAAGGAGAAAGAUGCACAUUUGUGACAUCCUAUCUCAAGGAUGGACAAGAACACUUGUUUCGUAUGACAGUCAAGAAUACCAAUGAUAAAAGCUCCAUGAAGUACUUUGAGAAGUGUAACAGUGGAUGGAGGAAUAUCACUAAGGAAGACUUUAAUACCAAACGUGACUCUCUGAAAAGUGAUGCUUAUAGACCAAAAAAUAUCAAAGAAAUCACUCCAGUUUCUCAACCUGAUCAAAAGUCUACUCAACCAUCCAAGAGAGCUCCGGUAAAGGAGACACUCCUUGACAUUGGUCGACCAGAUCCACAAAGCUAUAGAUCAUUUGACUAUGCACUGGAUGAUGUUCCAACUAGACUCAUAGUUACAGUGAAGGAACAACCAAACAAGGUAGUACUUGGACAAGAAACUCUAUGGUCUACUGAUGACACUGGAAGAUGUAGCUACUGUACCGUCCAUAUAAAGGAUAAGAAACCAGUACUAAUCUACAUGUCUGGAAGAUCCUUCUCAUUGUACCUACUAAAGACUGAUGGUGGAUGGAAAUCCAUUGACAACUACAGUGAGGAGUUUGCUAAGCUUAGACUUGCCGUACCCUCACCAUCCUCAUUCUCCCUUGACAUCUCUACUAACCAGGAUACAGGACAAUGUAGAGUAUUUGAGACACUCUUCAAUAAGGUUAAUACUCGUUUCUAUGUUCCAAAGGCUGGAAGGUAUGCCACUAGUGUUUCUAAUGGACAAGCUGUACUAUGGAAGGGUGAUAAAGAGAAAGCAAUCCUGGUGAGACUCUACCCAUCUGAUAAUCCUACCUUGUUACACAUACUCUCUAAAGAUACUGAUGGAACAUUCAAACACCAGUACCUUGUCAAGGGUGCCAAUACAUGGGAAUCUAUUACCAAGGACGUUCACGAUAGACUACUCUCUGAAAUCAAGGCUACUGCACCUGGUAAACAUACAGACGUUGGUAAGCUCAGACAAGAACUGAUGGAGUCACAGGCCUCUCUUGAUAAACUAGUAGAAUCCAAGAAAUUUACAGACUGUGAUGGACCAGAGGAUCCUUCCAUUCUUGACAUUGUCCACUAUGAGGAGUCCAACGCCCAUAUAGUUACCAACUGUACAUUAGAUGGUUAUCCUACUACAGUCCUUAUUCCUGACAAUGGCAGCAUUAAGAAGGUAGUCUAUGGAAGUCUUACAAUCUGGGAAGGUGCUGAAAAGGAGGAAUGUAAGUACUUAAUGGUCCACUACGUCUACAGUAUACCAGCAUUUGCAUACCUCAUCAAAGGGUCAGACAGGGAUGUAGAUUUAUACUUUGCAAACAAGGGAGAUAAGUGGGAAGAGAUCCAGGUAGACUACGUUAGAAAACUUAAUGAACUUCGUAGGGAAAAGAAACCAGCCUCCGGAGACUAUGUGAUAGACAUCAAUAAUACUACUAGUGAUGAAAAGUGCAAAGUUUAUAGCUAUACAAUAGAUGGGCUUCUGACAUACUCAUACUAUCCGCAUCAAGAAGUUACAGUGAAGAAGAUAAUGGAAGGAAGUAAGGAUGUUUGGAACGGUGGUGGAAGAUGUCUUUACUUGACAGUAAGUUAUGUUAAUAGUACACCUGUGUUGGUAUAUUUUGUAGCAUUGGAUGGAUAUAAACCUGAGUAUACAUUUUACAAGAAAGGUUCAAAUGGUAAAUGGUCAAGCUGCCACGACCAGGGUUAUAAAGACGAAUGGAAUAAACUAAUUAAUAAGAAAGAUACAUCAGCUGGGGACAAAGAAAUAUCAGAUAUGAAACAAGAGAGACUUAAAAAGGUUGCACAUGUUAGAACUCUGGGUAGAGACUGUAUUAUAAAUGCCAGGGAUAUAUCUCUCCAUGAAACGUACAGAGUCAUAAAGACCUUCAUAAACAGUAUUCCUGCUCUCGUAUACGUUCCUGGACCGACUUUUAAUUUCAAUAAAAUUACUUUGGACAAUAUCAAGUUUUCCCAUAGUUGUCUGGGAGACAAAUUUAAAGGUCUAUGUACAUUUCUGAAGGACAAUGAACUCUCAAUAAUGCACCUUAAAAGGAUCUAUAAAAAAGAAGGUAGGGAUGAGUACGUUGACUUUAAAAACACUAACGGAAGGUGUAGUUCUGCUAAUAUUGAAGCAUUAAAGUCCCAUAAACACUCCAGGUUCAUCUUCUCACUGGAUAUAUCCCGUAGAGGAAGCUUUGGAUGCAAAUUUAUGAGCUUCCGCAAUAACGGUGUUGUAACUCAUUCCCACAUUGUUAAUGCUGGCUAUACAUCUAAUAUGGUUACUGAUGGAGUUCUUGUUCUUUGGAAGGGUGAUGCUGAUGAAAAGUGUUUAUAUGCUCUUACCAGUUUCCUGGAUGGCAUUCCCGUACUACUAAACAUUUUUGUGCGACUAUCUGAUGGUAAACUGGAACAUUACUAUUUCUAUAACCAUGGAGAAUGGACAAUUGCUAGCAAUCUGGACUACAAGGCUAUACUGGAGGAUCUUUCUGACACCAUUAAAUCUAGGUUGUCUGAGUCCAUUGACAGGGACAACAGAGAAGUGCUCAGUCUAGAUGUCGCCAAGGUAGAUACUGGCAAGUAUACCAUGGAGACUACAAAGCUUAGAGUGCUUACCAGCAUCAAGUAUAGUCCACCAGAGAACAGCCGUGUUACCAAGGUUGUCUUCGGCAAUGACUCUCUAUGGCAGACUCUCAAGGCUAGUGUCCAAUGUAACUUUGCCGUCAUUACCUAUAGAGGAAUAUCCAUAGAACUUGCUCAACUGUGUAUUAUGGAUGGCUGCGAAAAGUAUAUGCACUUUGAGAUGGAGGAUGGUAGACUAAGUAGCAUUACAGCUGAGGAGUACAAUGAUGCCUUAUCAAGACUAGACUCUGGAGAUGGUGCAUCUGAUGAAGACUUUGAGUUCAUUCUUUCUACCAUAGACACUCUGGAUCUCAUGACUACAGCUGAACUGGACUUUGAGAUUGACAGGUUCCAGCUGGAUACUCUCUCUUCUGCAUUCUACCUACCACUACAUAAACAUACCAUUGGCAGAGUAGUACUUGGGAAGGCAUUAUGGACCAGUGGUAACUCCAAGUGUCUCUACGUCAGUACAUUCUCCACUGAGAAGUCCAGAUAG